CGGAUUUUUUGCUCUACUGGCAGGGUAUGCCGGCAGUAGGAAUCAAUACAAUAUACACAUACGUAGAAUUGUACAUGAUUUCCUACUGUAGCAAAAUUAGUUGCAUUUCGUGUCUAUCCCCACGGUACCAGUACGAGUUCGUACUCGCGUACUAGAACAGAUCAUCCUUCACCACAUGAUCUCCCAUUGAAUCGACAUCAGCUGGGAGACCAAGCUGAGAAUUUAUUGUGACAUCCAGCCGACCUCUUGCACACUGCAUUAUCUCCAAGUACAAAAAUCUGCAGUAGACACAGACCAAUUUACUCCAAUGGCUUACAGAAGUAUGCAGCACCUAACCCGCCGUGGGUUUGGGCUGACAGCCGGAUCAUUCCGGGCAGUUACCAAAGCACCGGUAGUUGGCAACGCUGUUGCGGCAGCUCCACACGCACAUGUGGGUUUUUCCGAAAACAGAACCGGACAUAGCAGCCCACUCCGAUCGUACUCUUCCACUAGAACCACAAGCAAACGAGAAUACAAACCCAACCCGCUCGACGCCUUUCGAGACCCAGUCGAUCGGUCCACCCGAAUGGAGCAAACCGUUGGGAGGCAAUGGUCCGCCAAGGAACUCCGCCGCAAGUCCUACGAGGACCUCCACCGACUCUGGUACGUUCUGUACAAGGAAAAGAAUAUGCUGCUGACGGAGCAGCAGCUGUCUCGGCGCCGCCAGUUGAUAUUCCCACAACCCGAGCGAUUUAAAAAGGUCCAGAAGAGCAUGGGGGCCAUCCGGCAAGUACUAGGGGAACGGAAACGAGAAACGGUCGCUGCGCACCUAGCUCGGCACGAGGAAAAGGAACUGGCGAAGCAGAUGACCGAUGAACUGGACGGACAGGAUACCUAUGAAGCCAUCGAUGAAACGAGCAAAUAACUGUCAGCAGAUAGUCGAAAUGGUUUUUAUGACAGUUCAAGUAAUGCAACAUACUUGAAUUCGUUAAUGUCGUAGGUCUUGUCGCUUAUCUCACAGAGCCUGAGAGAAAAUUCGAGAAACAAGGCGAACCUCAAAAAUUGAACUCAACGUCGAAACUCAAAAAUAGGAGUGUGCUUUCCAUCUGAUUGUGCCACUAGUUCUGAUUAGAAUAUAGCGCGUGCAUUCAU